UGGCUUGCGUUCAUAUCACCUUCUUUUUCUGGCCGAUGGUUGGCAUUCACACGCCGACCCCCCUGGCUACUCCAGCUCAAUGGCCGGCAGCCCUACUUGUUUCCCCGGCCUGAUUAUUUGCUUCGCCAUCGCUGUUGCAAUAUUCGUUAGCCACCAGCCUGCAUUAGGUUACAUCCCCUCCCAUCCCACCUCUGGCUCACCAUGCUGCUGUCUCUUGUCUGCUAGCCCCCACUCUCUCCACCUGCUCUCGUGCCUAGGCUGUCCCGUCG